AGAGAGAGAGAGAGAGAGAGAGAGAGAAAGAAAGAUCCAACUUCCACAAAGAACCAUGGAAGCUGAGAAAGAAACAGAACAAGAAGGAAACUUGACAGUAAUGAAACUUCCGGUGUUACCAACUAAACCCAACACUCACAGCCACUCUAUGUCAUCACCAAUUCACAGUUCCAUAUCAGCUUCAGUUCCCUUUAGCUGGGAAGAAGAGCCUGGCAAGCCCAAGCAACACUCUACUUCUUCUUCCUCCUCUUCCUCUUCCUCACCAUUAACUUCUUAUUCUUCAUCUCCUUUUGAAACUCACAAGUCCUUAGAGCUACCACCAAGGCUUCACUUACUUGAAAAAGAUGGAGGAUCAGUAACCAAACUUCACUCGCCUAUAACAGUCUUUGAUGGACCUUAUAGCAUGACGACAUCAAAAAGGAUGGAUUCACCUUCCUUUAGGAUGAUGGUGAAAGGUAGUGCUGAUUGUUAUGGGUCUUUCAGGAGUGAUAUCGAUGGUGAUUUAGAGGAUUUGGAAGUGGGCUCUAAGCAGCAGGAGAACUUGAGUAGUGGCUCUUUGGCUGUUGUGAAGAAGAGAGGGAGAUUAGGGUUUUUUGGGUUUAGGAGGAGGAGAGCAUUGAAAGGGAAAACAGAGUUUGGUAGAGGUAGUUAUGUGUUCCCAUCUUCUGUAGACAGAGAGAGUGAAUACAGUAGAAAGGAAGAGGAAGAAGAAAAAGAAGACAAAAGGUUUGGUUAUGAUGAUACUGAUGGUAUUAGUUGCAGCCAAAGCAGCAGGUUUUGUGAUGUGAAGAUCUCAAGCAUUAGUAGAACAGGCAGCUUCUCUACUCUGCCUGCACCACCUUCUUCUUCUUCAAAGUCUCACUUUUGGACGAAUGUGUAUGCAGGACUAAAGCAAGUGGUUCCAUGGAAGAGCAAGAAGACUACAGUUUGAGAUUCUGCCAUAUCAAAGAUUCGAAAGAUAAAACACCAAGUAACAAGAAAGCUUCUAUGGUUUCUACAAGUAUUUUUAAGCUUUUGUUUAUGAUUUUUUUCAAUAUUUCCAAGAAAAUGACACGACUAGUAAAACCAUUGUGAAACCCAGUUUUUUUUCACGCUUGUUGUUGUGUUUGAAUGUUUUUGAGACUUUUGUAAAGAGAAACAGAGAAUCUUACGAUGUAUCAUGGCUUCAUGAUUAUGGUACAAGGGAUAUUUAUCAUGUUUGUAACAAAAAAAAAAAGCAAGAACCUUUCAAGGCUCUUAUAUAUGUAACCGUCUUGAUCAUAUUUGCUUCCUUAAAAGCUCUCUAAAUUGAA